AGAGAGUGACAGAUGGCGGCGGGUCCCGGGGGAGCCGGCUCUCCCCCAAUGCAGACGCAUGCCAAUCACCGUCUCUCAUGUGAUAGCUGCUGCCCGUGACGUGCCAAGCCCAUAUGGCCUGGCAUAGAGGCUGGUACCCCGCCUGGUAGAGAUGCCACACUCGCUCCGCGGUUCGCAUGGCGCUCUGAAGACGCCGGCGCCUGCCGCCUUGAGGAGCCGCUGCCCCCGCUCCCUGAAGAUGGGGGAACAAUGAAAUAAGCAAGAAGAUUCCUCUUCUCCCCCCUCUCUCUCUUGCCCCCCUCCCCCCCCUCCCCUCCCCUCUCCCCUUGACUCCUCUCCGAGGCACCAUGCUGACCCGCCUGUUCAGCGAGCCCGGUCUCCUCUCGGAUGUGCCCAAGUUCGCCAGCUGGGGCGACGGCGACGACGACGAGCCGAGAAGCGACAAGGGCGAGGCGCCGCCGCCACCUCCGCCUCCGCCGGGGCCCGGGGCUCCGGGGCCCGCCCGGGCCGCCAAGCCCGUCCCUCUCCGUGCUGACGAGGUGCCGGAGGCCGCGCUGGCCGAGGUCAAGGAGGAAGGCGAGCUGGGGGGCGAGGAGGAGGAGGAAGAGGAGGAAGAGGAAGGGCUGGACGAGGCAGAGGGCGAGCGGCCCAAGAAGCGCGGGCCCAAGAAGCGCAAGAUGACCAAGGCGCGCCUGGAGCGCUCCAAGCUGCGGCGGCAGAAGGCGAACGCUCGGGAGCGCAACCGCAUGCACGACCUGAACGCGGCGCUGGACAACCUGCGGAAGGUGGUGCCCUGCUACUCCAAGACGCAGAAGCUGUCCAAGAUCGAGACGCUGCGCCUCGCCAAGAACUACAUCUGGGCGCUCUCUGAGAUUCUGCGCUCGGGCAAGCGACCCGACCUGGUGUCCUACGUGCAGACGCUGUGCAAGGGCCUGUCGCAGCCCACCACCAACCUGGUGGCCGGCUGCCUGCAGCUCAACUCGCGCAACUUCCUCACUGAGCAGGGCGCCGACGGCACGGGCCGCUUCCACGGCUCCGGCGGCCCAUUCGCCAUGCACCCCUACCCGUACCCGUGCUCGCGCCUGGCGGGCGCACAGUGCCAGGCGGCGGGCGGCCUGGGCAGCGGCGCGGCGCACGCCCUGCGGACCCACGGCUACUGCGCCGCCUACGAGACGCUGUACGCGGCGGCUGGCGGCGGCGGUGCGAGCCCGGACUACAACAGCUCCGAGUACGAGGGCCCGCUCAGCCCCCCGCUCUGUCUCAAUGGCAACUUCUCGCUCAAGCAGGACUCGUCGCCCGACCACGAGAAGAGCUACCAUUACUCUAUGCACUACUCGGCGCUGCCCGGCUCGCGGCCCACGGGCCACGGGCUGGUCUUCGGCUCGUCGGCUGUGCGCGGGGGCGUCCACUCGGAGAAUCUCUUGUCUUACGAUAUGCACCUUCACCACGACCGGGGCCCCGUGUACGAGGAGCUCAAUGCGUUUUUCCAUAACUGAGACCUCGCGCCCGCCCCUUUCUUUUUCUUUUGCCUUUGCCCGCACCCCUGCCCCUAGGCCCCUCGAGCGCAGGGGCACCCCACCUACUCCGGCGCGGGGCGCGGGGAGCGGGCUGCCAGUCGUGCCGCUCUCCUAGGCAGCGCGGUCCCCUUACCUGUGGGUGGCCCGUCCCAGGGGCCUCGCUUCCCCCAGGGGACUGCCUUCUCUCUCCCCAAGGGGUUCCCUCCUCCUCUUUCCCAGGAAGUACUUCUACAAGGACCCCUCUUUGGGCACUCCCUGGAGAUCCCCCCACCACCACCAAUUCCCAAUCCCUGCACUUAGGUUUUCUCUUCCCCUUUCCCCCUGCAGGCCCAAAGGCUUUGGUAAGGGGGCAGCUGAGCUGUGGGAUACUGUUCUUCCCCUAUUAUUAUUAUUAUUACUAGAACAGACACCGAGCUGCCGGGCGCCCCCUCUUUCUUGAAGAGGGCAGAAGUCAGGGCACGGAGCCUGGACCUGGAAGCCCUCAUCAUCCCCAACCCCUAGUCUAAGCGUUUUGUGAUUUUAAUUUUGGCGGGAGGGAAUGUGGAUUGAAGGAAAGAGAGAGGCCAAGACAAUUUGUAACUAGAAUCCAUUUUUCCCU